AAAGGGGUCAAGCACAGACGCACGGGUGUAAAGUCUUCUCUUGGCAGUCAGGACUAACAGGGACUUGCAGGCAUCUCAUACUGGUAAGUAACAACUCAUUUGAAGUCUAAAUAUUUCACCCACACAAGGUUUUCAAAGCUCACUUGAACAGCAUCGUAAAAGUCAUCACUCUCAGACUCUUCAGUCCAUUCCUUCAACAAUGCUGUGCGAGGGUGAAUUUGAGACACAACCCGACAACGUUUUGUUUCUCAGACGUGCAAUGGAUUUCUAUUUGCCGCCUACAUUUCCUGCAAGCGGUAUCCCAUGGGAGCGGGUCAUACCUCCGCUGAUUCCACGCACGUUUGGAACCUAUCCCUCCGAGUUAUUACUUCCAGCAGCUGAAAAGACUGGGACUGCGCAGGUGAACUGUGAUCACAAUGGAUUUGUGGUUCAGGUUGAUGUGAAGCUCUUUAACCCAGAGGAGCUCAUGGUCAGGGUAACCGGUCACUUUGUGGAGGUGCAGGGAAAGCAUGAGGAAAAAAAGGAUGGGGCUGGGAUGGUGACGAGGCAGUUUAACCGGCGGUACAGGAUCCCAGACGGAGUGGACACCAUGGCCUUGGAGUCUGCCGUCUCUCCUGACGGCGUUCUCAUCAUAUCAGCACCACUGCUGCAGGGCGAGGAGUCGAGAACCCUGGCCAAUUCGCAACCAUAACACACACACAUCCACACACCUACCACUUCUAAAAAGCCAAAACACAUGAUGACAAAAGCCUUCAAAAUGAACUGAUAUGGACAUGCAGGCACAAAGCCUCCAUCCUCCACCACUUACAUAAGCAAACACUCUCGGAGAAGCUUCUGCACGUGCCAGAACACACAUUAGCAUCCUGGCAUCAUCACAAAAACACCCUGUUCUCUAAGCUUUGUACAUACAGAACUGAUUCCAACUCCUAAUACAUCUAUCGUUAAAGCAAUAGUUACUCAUCAAUCUUAAUGUUUUAUGAAAACAGCUAUUCGUUGUAAAUAUUAUGUAAUACAAUUUAAACAGUGGACAUGUUUAAGUAUUGAUGCACUAUAAGACACCACAAAUGUUGAUGUAUAUUUACCAAAUAUUUAUUGUUGGAAUAUUUGCUGUCACAUAAAUAAAUGCACAAUAUAUUUAUUUACAAAUUAUGUUAAAAACG